AUGUCUUCCAAGUACUUGCUAGUUUUGCUCCUGGGAACGGCGCUUUUCGCCGCCGCGGUCCUCUCCGACGGCCAUCAUCCUUUCAAAAAAGAGCACAAGCCACACCACAAGCACCACCCCGGCAGUCGUCGUCUCUUGGAGACAGCCGAAGCCGACGACUCGCACCACCACCACCACCACCACCACCACCCUCAUGAGCAUGUUCUCGUCGAGGAGGUCGAAAAAGAAGACUCCCACAAAAAGCCAUUCCCAGGAAAGAAGCCGCCCCACCACCCUGGCCACAUGCUUGCCGAGGAAGUGGAAGCCGAUGAAAAAAAGAAGCCAUUCCCCGAGCACAAACCCCCGAAGAAAGGCGACAAGCCGCCGCCGAAGCACAAGCCGCCCCACGAGGGUCACAUUCUCGUAGAGGAGGUGGAAGAGGACUCGAAGAAGCCUUUCUCUGAGCACAAGCCGCCCAAGAAAGGUGAGGAGCCGAAGAAGGGAAAGGGAGAGAAACUACCACCGAAGCACAAGCCACCACACGAGGGACACAUUCUCGCAGAGGAGGUGGAAGAGGACUCAAAGAAGCCGUUCCCUGAGCACAAGCCACCGAAGAAAGGCGAGGAGCCGAAGAAGGGCAAGGGAGAGAAGCCGUCGCACCACAAGCCACCGCACAAGCCCCCCACCGAGAACUGA